CAACGCCUGACAACCUGACAAGGGGAUAGCUGAGACAAGUUCAAGCGAACAUACAGAUGUGUCUGCAGUUGUCUGGUUGGCGUGGUUGAGAUAUGUCACUGCCGAUUUAUGUUCUGCCCAGCACACGUUAUGAUGACAAACUCAUGGAGUCUUUUAUAGACCAACUGUCUCUCCAUGUUGAGCUGGACAAGGAACUGUCCCCGACUCUUGCACCGCUGCACAUUGUGAUAUUCCGGCCUCAAGGCAGACCGAAUGAUGAAUUUAAUGGAGUGGUUCUACGGUUCCUGGAUAAAUGUAAUCUUAGCUGUAGGAACAUUAUUCUCUUCACCGCCUUUGCCAUGUCACAGCGAUAUGGCUGUGGCUUUACUCCAGAUUGUGCCUCACGCUUUAAGUACAUAGACAAGCUUCUUAUAACAUCAGGACAUCUUGAUACACAAGUAAACAAGUGCACAUUUAAAAGACUUGGAGAUGUGCUUGGGACAGAAUAUGGAUUUAAGCAGAAGUCUGAUGAUCAACCACAACUACAAAGAUACGUGGGAUCAGUUCAUCUCUGUGGAGGUCAAGAACUCGAAACGACAACGUACCGCUUCCAGGGAAAUCAUACCAACAGCAAAGAAGACAUUAACACUUCUACUGCAAGUCAUAACAACAGGCAAGAGGACAAUGGCACCCUUACUGCAAGUCAUACCAACAGCGAAGAAGACAAUAGCAACUCUACUGGAAAUCAUGCCAACAGCCAAGUAGACCAAGGGAACUCAACCGUUAGUCAUGCCAACAGCCUAGAAUACAAAGAGAACUCUACUGGUAGUCGUGCCAACAGCCUAGAAAACAAAGAGGACUCUACUGGUAGUCGUGCCAACAGCCUAGAAUACAAAGAGGACUCUACUGGUAGUCGUGCCAACAGGCUAGAAAACAAAGAGGACUCUACUGGUAGUCGUGCCAACAGCCUAGAAUACAAAGAGGACUCUACUGGUAGUCGUGCCAACAGCCUAGAAAACAAAGAGGACUCUACUGGUAGUCGUGCCAACAGCCUAGAGGACAAAGAGGACGCUACUGGUAGUCAUGCCAACAGCCUAGAAGACAAAGAGGACUCUACUGGUAGUCGUGUCAACAGCCUAGAGGACAAAGAGGACUCUAUGGGUAGUCGUGCCAACAGCCUAGAGGACAAAGAGGACUCUACUGGUAGUCAUGCCAACAGCCUAGAAGACAAAAAGGACUCUACUGGUAGUCGUGCCAACAGCCUAGAGGACAAAGAGGACUCUACUGGUAGUCAUGCCAACAGCCUAGAGGACGAAGAGGACUCUACUGGUAGUCGUGCCAACAGCCUAGAGGACAAAGAGGACGCUACUGGUAGUCAUGCCAACAGCCUAGAAGACAAAGAGGACUCUACUGGUAGUCGUGUCAACAGCCUAGAGGACAAAGAGGACUCUAUGGGUAGUCGUGCCAACAGCCUAGAGGACAAAGAGGACUCUACUGGUAGUCAUGCCAACAGCCUAGAAGACAAAAAGGACUCUACUGGUAGUCGUGCCAACAGCCUAGAGGACAAAGAGGACUCUACUGGUAAUCAUGCCAACAGCCUAGAGGACAAAGAGGACUCUACUGGUAGUCGUGCCAACAGCCUAGAGGACAAAGAGGACGCUACUGGUAGUCAUGCCAACAGCCUAGAGGAUAAAGAGGACGCUACUGGUAGUCAUGCCAACAGCCUAGAGGACAAAGAGGACUCUACUGGAAGUCGUGCCAACAGCCUAGAGGACAAAGAGGACUCUACUGGUAGUCGUGCCAACAGCCUAGAGGACAAAGAGGACGCUACUGGUAGUCAUGCCAACAGCCUAGAAGACAUAGAGGACUCUACUGUUAGUCGUGCCAACAGCCUAGAAGACAAAGAGGACUCUACUGGUAGUCGUGCCAACAGCCUAGAGGACAAAGAGGACUCUACUGGUAAUCAUGCCAACAGCCUAGAGGACAAAGAGGACUCUACUGGUAGUCGUGGCAACAGCCUAGAAGACAGUGAGGAAUCUACUGGUAGUCGUGCGAACAGCCUAGAGGACAAAGAGGACUCUACUGGUAUUCGUGGCAACAGCCUAGAAGACAAAGAGGACUCUACUGGUAGUCAUGCCAACAGCCUAGAAGACAAAGAGGACUCUACUGGUAGUCGUGCCAACAGCCUAGAGGACAAAGAGGACGCUACUGGUAGUCAUGCCAACAGCCUAGAGGACAAAGAAGACUCUACCGUUGGUCACGCCGCCAAUCAAGUGGACAAAAUGAACUCUACUGUUAGUCAUGCCAACAACGAAGUGGACAAAGGCAACUCUACUGGAAGUGGUGCCAAGAGUCAAGGUGACAACAUCGCUGGUGUCACAGUCAGACUUCAUGGUGGAGAUGAACCUGUCGUUUCUCAUGAUCACACACCCAACACCUCAAGGAGAGAUGUGCCACCACUGGGAGCAGAGAUGCAGGAGUCAGGAAGUAACUCUUGCUGUCCUCCACAUUCUGGACCUGGAUGCGACCAAAAUCUCGACAAACUACGGACUAUACUGGAAGAAAUGAAGAUAAAGACAACUGAUUUACAAAAAGCGGUGGAGAAAAAGUGUAAGUUGCCACCAGGGAUACUACCGGACAUACUUGAUGAGGUGCUGAAAUGUCAACAGAACCAGGCACCAAAGGCUGCAGGAAUGUCAGAGACACGGGGAAGAUCUCCACCUCUACUCGGAGACGAUAUGGCCAGCAGGAUAGAGAACCAACUGGUGUUGAAUACAGGAUCACUUCAUGAGAUCAUAGACGCCGUGCUGAAGUUCGGCCAAAAGAAGAAGAAGUGGUGGGAGUGGCCGUUCUGGAAAGGAGACGACGCCUCCACAUGACCAGACUGUGGGAGCUGAUAGUGUACCACAAACGACCGUCCACGCACCGGAAGACCUCGAGUCACCACAGCAGCUCAGGAUCGCUACAUCCGGGUCCUCCAUUUACGUGAUCGUACUGUUACAGCUGAGAGCAUAGCGGCCAGGGUGCAUGGACUUCGAAGGACAUCGCUGCAAACAGUACGGAACAGACUGAGAGAGGUUUGACUGAGAGCCCGGAGACCCUACUUCGGGAACGUGUUACGACGUCAGCAUCGCGUCAAAGGUCUCCGCUGGUGCAAUAACAUGUCGGCCUGGAACUUACGAAACUGGAGGCGCAUAUGGUUUAGCGAUGAAUCUAGGUUUCUUCUACAGAGACGGGAUGGACGAAACAGAGUUUUCAGACGGGUCCUUGAACGUUAUGCUCCUAUCUGUGUACGUCAAGUGGACAGAUUCGGUGGAGGAAGUGUCAUGAUGUGGGCGGCGAUAUCCUACACCAACCGUACUAAUCUUAUCCAUGUCCAAGGAAACCUGACGGCUGUGCGCUACAGGGACAAUAUUCUUCAGCAACACCUUCUCCCAGUCAUUGACGUCCGACGGGAGUUAUUUCAGCAAGACAACGCCAGGCCACAUACAGCACGUGUCACCAUGGAGUAUCUGGCAAAUAACAACAUGCCUGUGCUUCCCUGGCCAUCUCGUUCCCCGGAUCUCAACCCCAUAGAACAUCUUUGGGAUGAACUUGAUCGGCGUCUACGUCAGCGUAUACGUCAACCUCAAACUUUUCAGGAGUUAGCUAAAUGUCUUCAGCAGGAGUGGAGGAGAAUUCCUCAACCAGUUAUAUAGCGUCUGAUCCAGUCCAUGACGAGGCGGGUCCGAACUGUUAUUCGUGCACGUGGUGGACAUAACAGAUACUAGCACUUCUGUGGACGCUUAACAAAAUCAUGACUGGUUAGCCUGUGGUGAUCAUUACAUCGUAUACACACGAGGUUCUGCCAUGUGCACGUCAAAUUUCAUGCUCCUAAGUAUGUUUGUUGAAUAGUUAUACACGUUUGAAUUAAACCUUUG